CCGGGCUCGCUGAGGCGGGCAGGUCUUCCGGCGCCGGCACCGCCUCCUGCCGAGGGGAUCUGGCGUCUGCCGGGAGGGCGGCUGCGUGGCCCGCGGGUCCCGGACCGGGAUUCCGGCAGCUCAUCUCUUGCGGUUCAUCGCGCACGCGGAGGUUGGCGUACCUGCGGGGAUCGCACCUGCGGAGGGCGUAGCUGGGCGUGAGGAGGAGGAAGGGCGAGAUCCAGCCUGAGUGACCGGCGCUCCAGCCUGCCCUCGUAAGACCUGGGCCUUGGGGGGACCAAAGGGACGAGACUGCCCAGGCCCUGCCUCGGAGAAUUCCCCUGCUCAUCGGGGGCGGGCGUGAGGGAGCAGAUGAACUCAUCACAGACCAAAGAUGGCUGCGUUGGGAAGGAGGCUGGAUUUGGGGCACAGAGACAAACAAAUACACUUCCAAGAGAGCUGCCAGAUCCUGAGGAGAUAAGAUGUGAUGUCAAGCUGGCCUGUUUAUGGGGACUGGAGACUCUUAACCAGUAGAAGAGUGUGGGCCACUGGCUACAAGAUGAACUGUCGCUCGGAGGUGCUGGAGGUGUCGGUGGAGGGGCGGCAGGUGGAGGAGGCCAUGCUGGCCGUGCUGCACACGGUGCUUCUGCACCGCAGCACAGGCAAGUUCCACUACAAGAAGGAGGGCACCUACUCCAUUGGCACCGUGGGCACCCAGGAUGUUGACUGCGACUUUAUCGACUUCACCUACGUGCGUGUCUCCUCUGAGGAGCUGGACCGUGCCCUGCGCAAGGUCGUCGGGGAGUUCAGGGAUGCUCUGCGCAACUCCGGGGGCGACGGGCUGGGGCAGAUGUCCUUGGAGUUCUAUCAGAAGAAGAAGUCUCGCUGGCCUUUCUCAGAUGAGUGCAUCCCCUGGGAGGUGUGGACCGUCAAGGUGCAUGUGGUGGCCCUGGCCACGGAGCAGGAGCGGCAGAUCUGCCGGGAGAAGGUGGGCGAGAAGCUCUGUGAGAAGAUCAUCAACAUCGUGGAGGUGAUGAACCGGCACGAGUACCUGCCCAAGAUGCCCACGCAGUCCGAGCUGGACAAUGUGUUUGACACAGGCCUGCGGGACGUGCAGCCCUACCUCUACAAGAUCUCCUUCCAGAUCACCGACGCCCUGGGCUCCUCUGUCACCACCACCAUGCGCAGGCUCAUCAAAGACACCCUAGCCCUCUAGGCCUUGCUGGGGCCUUGCGUGCGCCUUGAUGGCUUGUGGACCUUGGCUUCUGAGGACCAUACUGUUAGGCCCUUAGGGGCUCUGGAACCCGCUCUGGGUCCUUGAUGAGACUUGGAAGGGCCACUGCUGGCUUCCUUGUUUUGUGGUUGCCAGUCUCUGGCCAUCCUCUUAACCUUCACUGUGGGUCAAGUCUGGCCUCCAUGGUCUCUCUGCUCCCCUGGUGGGGGGGUCCCCUUUCCUUCGCUGUACAGAGGAGUCGUCACUAGGAUGGUGAAUAAAAUUGAGAAUGUGAA